UGCUGUGAAUUGCCUGUCGAGGGAGUUACCUGUUUCUAAAGUCUCACUUCUGAUUACUUUGUUUGUGUGUGUGCUUAUUUAUAACUACUUUUGUAGUAGUAGUUGCUGUGGUAGUUGUAAUGGCGGUAGUAGUAGUAGUAGUCGUAGUAGUAGUAGUAGUAAAAGCAGUUCAACGAAAUUUAAAACUUGUUGUCUUACUGACUCGUAAGCUGAUUCUCGCGCGACUACCCGCGCUUUCUUUUUCUUUCAAUAUCAUUACUGUGAAAUAAAGUAACAGAGUACUUAUUACCAGUACUUAAUUGUUUUUUAUCGUUAUAAAAGUUUUAAAAGUGUAAGGACCAAUAAAUUUGAAUAAAAUUAUUUUUGGGGUAAAAAAAAUGAGUCAGACAUUUGGAGAGGGAUUUUGGGCAACUGUUGAAUUACUUGUGGGCAACAUUAAGGACAGUGGGACGGUGAGCCCUUUUAAUGAUGACAUUGAGGAUUGGCUGGACACGAUGGCGCAUAAAGUUAAGCAGCAGCGGGAACGUGCGAGAAGAAAACAGAAAUUUAAAUCGAAUUUUAGUGAAAGUGAUGACAGUAGUAGUUUUGGCUAUGGCUCGUCGAUUGACUGCAGCUUCAGCAGUCCGCAGGUCAGGUCUCGGCUGGAAUUGUUGAUGGGAAGUAAUGUGGUGCGAUUGACUGAUCGUAAGUAUAUGCUCAGACUGAUGGCUAAAUUACGACAGGAUUUUGAGAGCAAACAACUCAAUCGCAUUGAAGAGAGAAAGAAUAAUGAGCUGAUGCGGACGAAAAUGAUGAUAUUGAAUCGUUUGAUAUCAGUGAAUGAAGCUCCUGCAGAAAUACGUCAGUAUCCAUUAUUCCAAUUGUAUCUCUACUGUGACGCGAUAGUAGAACAGAAACGUAACAAGCAUUCAUCCAAAAAGCGUAAAAUAGCAUCGUCUUUGUACCACAUUCUCUAUCCAGACGAAAAUUCCGAUAAAAACUCGGAUGAAGAUGACAAAGAAAUUUAUAUGAAACGUGUUUACGUCGACGGUAUUCCUGAAUUGGUACCGCUGAGUGAAGAGGAAGUUUUGGAAGCUAAACAUGAAUUGGAAGCCGUAAAAGAUAUUGAAGACGGUUACACAUUGACGCAAAAGGACUACGAUCGGCUUCAUUACGAAACCGAUGCAAUAAAAGAACUUCGUAAGACUCAGAAAGUAGAAGAAAUGUACGCGAAGGCUCAUGAUAUUCUUGGUAUUCUGUAUUCGUACGUGGACAUACGUACCGAAGUUAAUAAAGUGUCAAGCUCGUCAGCAACCAUAAACCAAUUAGACGACACCCGGAGUAAACAGAAACAUCAAGAUUAAAUUAGCAGUGUCAUUAAUUAAUCAAAUUAAAUAAAAUUUACGCAAUGGAAAAAUUUUGAAAAAAAUUCGAGGCGGCGGUAAACUGGCCCAGAAUUUUUAAAAAAUUUUUUGUAUUUUUUUACUUUUUACAAAGAGUGGGUAAGAUGGUCAGCAGAAAAUUUUUUGUGAAAAAUUUCUUUUACGAAAUUUAAUGGUUAAUUUUGUUUUUAAUUUUAAGAGACUCCUGUAAAAAAUUAAUGUAAUUUUAAUUAAACGAUUGGAAAAUAUUUACAAUUGAUUUAUUUUGCAAAAAAAAAUUUGAAUGACCAUUUUAUCUCAGCUGAUUAAUUUUAUCCAUUUUUUAACAAAAAAGAAAUUUUUUUUUUAAAUUCUUGGAACCUCCGUCUCUCCCUCGGACACGGAUUUUAUGGGGGUUCAUUUUACCCCAGUUUUGAGUUAAAAUCGUAUUUUAUAUAUUUUUCGAUUUUGUUAUAUAUUGUACGCAAUUAAAUCAACAGGUUUAAACCAAUAAAUAUAUAUAUAUAUACAAUUAAAUUAAUUUAUGAUUUUAAUAAAAGUUACCUAUAAGUAUAUAUAUAUAUUUGAGAAAUAAAAUAAUUAAAGUGAUAACGUUAUCACAAUUAUUAUAAAUUAAUUGAAACGUCGGCGUGAUUGUCGCGGAUAGGAACAGUACGCCAAUUACCGCCCAGCAGUUAUAAUAAGCAAAAUACCGUAGGUGUAAAUGAUGUACAGUUCAAAUAAAUCAUAUUCAUAUUUUAUAUUCAAUUUCAUAUCUUCUAUGAUAAUUUUAAAACGAAUAUCAAUUUAAUAAUAAUGAUAAUAAUAUCAAUCAAUGAUUCAUAUGUUAAGCUGUCAUGUUAAUUUAUCGACAAUUCUAUGUAUUGAUGUAAUAAAAAUAAUAGUGAUUUACAAAAUUUUAAAUCGCUCUGGAAAAUAAUUGUUGCGUUAAUUUAUUCAAUAC